AUGGCCGCAAAGGCCAAAAGUGACCGCGUAAAGGGGUACCCUUCCUUUUCCACACGAAACAACGGCUUCUUCUCCAGGCAGCGGAGGAAGAUCUCCGCCAGCCUGCCCCGGUUCAGACUCAACUCCAUGCUAGACUACGGCGAGAAGGAGAAGCUCGGAAGGGGGCGAUGGUCUGGUCCAAACGGUAGCCCGCUCCUAUACAGGAUCAAAACACUGCUCGGCAGUCUCCUACGCCGCACGAGAAUACGCCUUCUUCUAUUAUCCAUUUUGUUGUUUAUUCUAUGGCUUUGCUUUUCAUCACGCGGAGGAAAGAAAAUAGUAUUAAUUGUUGCGUCUAAUGUCGGCGGCGGUGUUAUGGAGUGGAAGGGCGCGCGCGAAUGGGCUAUCGAGAGAGACAGUCUCCGCAAUAAGAAGAAAUACGUCAAGAGAUGGGGGUACGACCUCGAGAUCGUUAACAUGGUCACCAAGAAACGAUACGCCCACGAAUGGAGAGAAGGCUGGGAGAAGGUCGAUGUCAUCCGUGGCGCGCUGCGGAAAUAUCCCAAAGCCGAAUGGUUCUGGUGGCUGGAUCUAAAUACCUUCAUAAUGGAACCCUCAUACUCCGUCGAAAGCCACAUUCUCAACGGUCUAGAGAAAAAGACUUACCGAGACAUAAACAAAUACAACCCCCUCAACAUCACUCACCCCCCUUCCCUCCCUUACCUAGACCCUCUGUGCCUCUCACCCGAAGGCGACAAGAAAACAUCAUCAAUCAACCUGAUCGUGCCUCAGGACUGCUCCGGCUUCAAUCUAGGCUCCUUCAUGAUCCGACGCUCCACCUGGACAGACCGACUUCUCGACAUCUGGUGGGACCCCGUCCUCUACGAACAGAAACACAUGGAGUGGGAGCACAAAGAGCAAGACAGCCUCGAACACCUCUACACCCACCAGCCAUGGGUCAGACCGCACGUCGCCUUCAUCCCACAGCGAAGAAUGAACUCCUUCCCACCCGGUGCUUGCGGCGACGGCACAGAUCCCGGAAUCCACUACCAGCGCAAGGACAGGGACUUCCUAGUCAACAUGGCUGGCUGUGAAUGGGGUCGAGACUGCUGGUCCGAGAUCUACAAUUACAGGGAACUUAGCAACUAUCUCAACAGAACGCUCUGGGAGAAGUUCAAGGACGCUCUAAGUGACCAGUGGAAUAGAAUGCUAGGUAAAGAAGUCAAGAAGAAGCCUUGA